AUCGCUGCUGGGAUAAAACCGAAGAAAAAAGAGAAAAAGCCGCUUGUCACGAUAAUCGACGAAGAACCGCCGCCGUCUCUCGAAGCUGUCGAACUUGAUUAUUGUAAUAAAAUGGAAAAAAAGUUAUGAGAAUGUAAGAAAAAUGUUCAGACAACGCCGAUAUCCACGUGAAAAGCGCCGAGAAAAAAGUCUGGCUCGUCGAACCGUACACCAGCGACGGACUGGCCCUCAUGUGGGGCGGGGUCCGGACCAAUUUCGGUGUUCAACUACCGUUUGUGUCCGUUUUUUAGAGAUUUGUCUCAAAAAUGGUCCGGAAAAUGUCUCAAAAAUGGUCUGGAAAAUGUCUCAAAAAUGGUCUGGAAAUGCUCAAAAAUGGUCUGGAAAAGCUCAAAAAUGGUCCGGAAAUGCUCAAAAAGGGUAAAAUUGUCCAGUGAAAGUGCGCUCCAAGGAUAAAUUGACGAUUUUCCUCGAGUUUCCUUUCAAAUAACGUUGAAAAUUAGGUCCUAUGGCGAAGGGAGAAAGAUAAUUUUCAUAAAAGAGAGCGCUUCAAGGCAAAAAUUACGGUUUAUCCCAAUUUUUAGGCUGAUUCUCCUUUGGAAAAAAUAAUGAGCUUUAAAAACUUAGCCGCUGGAAAAAUAGCCGCUAUGAUCACGGAAAAUAGAUUUUUCAAGUGCUAAAUCGACUGUUUUUGCGAUUUUUCGAAUUAAAAAAAAAUGAGCCUUGAAAACUUAGCCGCUAUUCUCAGUUUUUCUUGACUUUUUUAGACAAUUUUCCUUCAGUCUCUAAAAAUCAACUGGAGAUAGAAAGUUGAGCUUCCGAGAGAUUUUCUGGUACGGAAUUUCUUACUAAACCUUGAAAAAAUCAUCUCGAGAUGGUCGGCAAUGAAAAAAUUGCUUAAAAUGCGGAAAAUUCAGCCAGAAAAGCGUCUCUUUUCUGUUCUGAAGCAUUGAUAAUUUGAACAGUUUCCAUUUCAAGAUUGUUCCGUCUUUAUUCCAUCAGUUUUCUGUUUCAUAGCAUUCCGAGUUUGAUCUCAAAAAUUUCAGGAAUGAAGGUCCUGAAGCGAAAACGAAGAUCGGCUUCCAAGUCAGGGUAAACUAGAAAAAUAGAUAUAAAAAAAGUACAAUUUUUCCAGAUCGACUCCUAUCAGUCGGUGUUGCACUUGCCCACAGAGUUUACGGAUGAAGGCGACGCCCGAGUUGGAUUUUCACUCGAUUCGGCUCCUCUUGUGGUUAGUUUACAAGAGUUUUCAGCUUAAAAAAGAGGAAAAAAUUGAUUUUUCUGAAAAAAUAGGUUAAAAAUGCUUGCGUGCGAGAAAAAGGAGGCUUUUCCGAAGAAAAAAUGGCCAAAAUUGCUUGAAAAUGACAGAAAAAUCGGUCAAAAAUUCUUUAAAAUAGAAAACUAUAGAGUUGAACUGUUUUUUUAGAUUUUUUUAGUGAUCAAAUUUGAUCCAGAAGAUAGAUAAAUGAUGAAAAAAACAAAUAAAUUUCGUUUUCUGGUUUUUUUAAAUAGAAUUUUUCGGAAAGAAAAAGCAUUAUUUUUAAAAUGUAGAAAAAAAUCUGUCAUGUUAAAAAUAUUGAUGAGAUUCUGCGCUCCAUGGCGAAUUUCUUGAGAGGAAAUUUUAUUCAGACGACAGAAAUAAUGAUGAAAAAUAAAAGAAUUCGUUUUUUGGUUUUUUGGAAGGAAUUUUCGGAAAGAAAAGCGUUAUUUUAAAGGUGAAAAAAAUUCGUCAAUUCAAAGAAAAACAAGGAGAUUCUGCGCUCCAUGGCGAAUUUUUUUAGGAGGAAAUUUUUAUCCAGAAGACAGAAAAAAAUGAUGAAAAAUUCGUUUUUCUGGUUAUUUGAUGGAAUUUUUCGGAAAGAAAAGCAUUAUUUGAAAGGUAUAUGUCAUGUUUAAAAACUUGAGGAGAUUCUGCGCUCCAUGGUGAAUUUUUCGGAAAAAAAUCAGAAUCUGCAUUAUUUUUUUGGAUUAGGAAGUCAAGAAAUAUUGUGAAAUAAAUUUUUUUAGGAACUUGUAGUUUUUUUCUUUAGAAAAAUGUCACUCAAAAUCGAUUUUUGAAUUUUUGUGAGAAUAAUUGCUUUUUUUGCCUUACGGAUGUUUCAUGGGAAAAAGAGAAAGUUUUUAGAAAAUCAAUCGAGAAAUUUCAGUUUUCAUAUCGGAUUAAAGGCCUCCAAAAUAUAAAGUUUUUUUGUCUAAAAAAAGAGGAAAAUAAAAAAAUAAAGUGAAAAAAAUCAAGAUUUUUUUCUUCAGCUCGGCGAAUACGCGGGAUCUUGGGGCGUGUCGGCAAGCGGAAAAAAGGCUCAUAAUAACGUUUUUGUCAAUUUCGACCUCACCUUCGACAUUGGCGACAUUAUAACUACGAUAAUCGUUCGUAGAAUCAAAAAUUGAGCCAGAAAAGUGGAAAUUUAGGACCUGAAAGAGGGCCGGAUAACGUAUCUGAAGAACAACGAACCCGUCGGGACCGCCUUUUCCGAAAUAAAUCUCGAAAAAGAGGCGAUCAUCUAUCCCCACGUCUGUGUGAAGAACUGCAAUCUCCACGUGAACCUGGGCGAUUCCCCGGAAAACGAGGAACUCGGCUGGAAUGUGUUCGUUUUGAGAAAUCAUUUCAGAGAGAAAAAAAAAGAAUAAAAAACGGUAGAAAAUAGACAAGUUUUUGGCUAGGAAAUUGAAAAAUAAGGAAAAAAAAAGAAGCGUGAUAGGGAAAAGUUGAGGUAUUUCGAAUAACUGGGAAAAGUUUUCAGUGGCCACUAUAGUAAUCAAAUUAGAGGCCACUUAAGGGGUUUAAAAUUAGUGGCCACUAUAGAGGUCUAAUAGCUACUUAUAGGCCACUAAAAAACUUUUCCCAAAAAACUCAAGUUUUGAAAAAUAAAAGCUCCUCUGAAAAAUUUUAGUGGCCACUAUAGAGGCACGCCAAGGACUACUUGCAGAGGAAACUAAAGUGGCCACUAAAUAGAGAACCUCUAUAGUGGCCACUAUUUUCCGUUUUAGUGGCCACUGUAGAGGUUCUCUAUUUAGUGGCCACUUCAGUAGUUUUUCAUUCAGUAUCCCUUCCAUUAACUCCGAUAAUUUUGAAACAAACAGAUUGGACCAGUUAUGUUGAUCCCAUUGACCCCUAAAGUGGCCACUAAAGUUUUUAGUGGUCUGGUAGAUGCCAAGAAAACAAGAAAUCUUGAAAAAAACAUCUAAUUCUAAGAUUUUUUUUUAGUUAUCAAUUUUCACGUCAAAUAAUGACUUUGAAGGAAUUUCACUUCAAAAAAAAAACUUUUUUCUCAAAAAAGAAUAUCGAAGAAAUUUUGAAAUGUGUUGAAACCAGUAGGAAAGGCUGAAAAUUGAAGGAACGCUCGGUUUUUUUUUUGGGAUUUUGAGCUUCUAGGCAGGAAAGUUUUCACGACGAAUUUUCGCAUUUUCAUUUUCUCAACAUACUUAGGAACUCUGGAACACUUUACCAACCCCUAUAGGGGCCACUAAAGCUUGCAAAAGUGGUCCCUAUAGGGGUUCUAGUUAGUAAGCCCUAUAGGGGGUAUGCUAGUCGAUAAUUGUUAUAAACUCUGAGCGAAGAAGCAUUUCCAUGGAAAAAAUCAAAUAAAUAAGCGAGACCUCUAUAGGGGCCUCUUGAGCUUUAGGGACUAUGGGGUCAGACCCUAAACCCCUAUAGGAACCACUCUGGAAUUCCUAAGUACGCAUAAAGAUUAUCACUUUUUAAUUUCAGUUCCGUAAAAAAGAUAAACGAAAAAAAUUCAAAUUUUGAAAAUUUCUAGACCCGAAGAUCGUGAUUGGAUGUUUUUGACGGAGGUUUCACGGGAAAAGUUGGUCCGGACUCGGAUACCACCCGAGAGCAAAUCCGCCUGCACCGUCUUGAUGAUGGUUUCGUCGUGAAAAUGAGAAAAAGUCAAGAAAAAAAAAAUCCAGGUCGGCCUCCCGGGUGUCGGCAAAACGACGUGGGUCCGGCGCUACUUGGCCGAUCAUCCCCACGAAUUUUGGGACGUGAUCAACGCCGACAAAGUGAUGGACGCGAUGAGGGUUGGUUUGGAAUGAGGAAAAUGAGAGAAUUAUUGUUUUUUUGAAAAAAAGAAAAGUCUCUAAAAACAGAUUUUUUUGAACGUUUUUUUACUGAGAAGAACGUCUUAGAACUGAAAAAAAUGAGGAAAAUAUGAAUUUCACACCCCUUAAAAUAGGAUUUUUGCACUUUUUCCAGUGAAAGAAAGGUUUUAAAAAAAAAUGAAAAAUCUAAAUUUUCGAUUCUAGUUUAUUCAAUUGAGAGUUCGAUAAAAAAUUGCUCAAAAAUAUAAAAAAAGAACCUUGAAAAACAGCAUUUUAACAUUUUCUAUUAGAAUCAUACAUGGGAUAGUCUCUCGGUGGGACUUGGCAACAAAUAAAACGAGAAAAUGGAAAAUGGGGGAAGGGGGGUCGGGAAAAACCGUAAACAAAAAGGUUUCAGGACGACGCUAGCCCAAUCUUAUAAAAAAAUCUGAAAUUAGUUUUGUAAAGUUCAAAUUAUUGGCAAAAACGUUUUUCGAGCAUUUUGAGGGGGAGGGGGGCUUAGCAUUUGGCGGACAGGCGUAUGGGGGAACUUGGCGUUAGGUAAAUGAGGGGAGAGGGGGUCAUGUUCAUCCCAUGUAUGAUUGAUUGAAUAAACAUUUUUUUAAAUAUUGAAAAAAAUUUUACUUCUUUAAGUUCGGAAUUUUCCAAUAACGUCAGCUCCUCCCCCUUCUGCUUGAAAAGAAACUUAGAAAUCAAAAAAAAUAGUCAUGAAAAAUCCGAAAUUUUAACCAUUUGAAAAGAAGUAGAAGCUCGCUCUGCAUAGUUUUUCUGAAAAAAAUCAAGUUUUAUCUUUCAAUUCUGUAACUUUUCGAUUCCUUUGAACACUAUUUUUGUAGCUUUCGUCAAUAUUUUUUAUUUCAAAAAAACUUUUUACAAAUUUCUUCAUUUUUUUCAAAAAGUUAUUCCCAGUUUUUUUAACAGUCCUGAAGGCUUUUUUAUCAUCAUCUUGUGAUUUUUCGUCAUGAUAUUUUAUACCUAUGAUUUUCUGUAGGUCAAUGGAGUGGCCAGAAAUCGAAUUCCAACCUUGAAACGACUCGAUUUCCUCCGCGGAAUGAUCGGAAAAUCGAUGGCUAGGUAAUGAAAUUGAAAAUGUUCCCAAUAAAUCCAUGAAAAUGAUCAGAUUGGUCCAAUUGGCCCCAAGGAGACGGAAAAAUUAUCUCCUCGACAUGACCAACUGCAUUUUGGAGAAGAGGAAGAGAAAAUUGAUGGCUUUUGAAGAGUUCAAUCGAAAGGUUUUGAAGAGAAAAAUGAAGGAAAUUGGGAUAAAUUGCAUCUUCAGUGCGUGGUUUUUGUACCUGAUGACGAUGUUCAUCGACAGAGGUUAAGGCAACAAGAACAGGAGGAGAAUGAGAAGUUGGACACGGACGCCCUGAUGCAACACAAAGGUGAGUAGAAGAUGGGAAGGGGACCAAAAGUCGGAAAAAAUUUGAAAAAAUGCUGAAGAUAUUCGAAUUUCUAUAGGUUUUCCUAGGCUUUUUGAAAGUUCAGAUCUCUCGAUUUCGGCUUUUUCUGAUAAAUUAUCGAUUUUUUAGCUUUUUGGUAUCAAAAAAGGUUAUUUAAGGUAACAUAAAGGUGAGUAGAAGAUGGAAAAGGGAAAAAAAUUUUGAAAAUUCUGGAAAAAGUUGGAAGUCUUGAAGUGUUUUCUGGCUUUUCGAGGGUUCGCAGCUCUAAAUCUUAUCAUUCGUAACAAAUUUUUGACUUUUUUAACAUUACGUUCCAAAAAAAGGUGACUUGACACAACACAAAGGUAAAAAAGAAAAUAGAAAUGUGAAAAAAUUUAGGAGAAAUCCUGAAAAAAACAGAAAUUUUUAUAGGUUUUCAUAGAUUUUUCAAAGUUUAUGGUUGUAAUACUUGAUUUCUUGGACGAAAACUUGAUUUUUUCAAAGCUUCUAGUGUUGAAAAAAGGUUGGUUUAUGCAACAUAAAGGUGGCUAGAAGAUGAAAAAGGGGGAAAAGUCAAGAAAAUCCUGUUUUUUUUGGGAAAGUCCUGAAAAUUCUGUCAAUUUUUCUCUUUUGUCUGAAAAAAGUUCACUUUUCCAGCCGCGAUGUCGAUCCCGACCCAGGAGACGGAUCCUUGCGAAGAAGUUCUUUUUAUCGACCCUCCUCCGCCUUACGAGUACCUGGCCUACGAACGGGUUCAACGGUAAUUAUCAUGUCAAAUUUAAAUCAACUUUCUAGACAAAGCCCUUGUUUUUGGCCGAUUUAAAAAAUGCUUUAUUCCUCAGUCAUUCUCCUUAUUCUGAGGGACAUGAAAAGAAAGGGUUUCAGUUUUUUAGGUCGAUUUAUUCCUCUCAAAUAGAAAAUAAUGAUUGGCGUUUGGAGUCAGCUUGAAUUUUUCAAGAUUUGAAGUUUUGAAAAAAUGUUCAGCUGGCAGUUUAUCCAUAAAAUUCUUCAGAAUGAACACGGAAUGCCGGGCCUGGCUGAUGGACGGCAAUCGGAGACGCGGCGGGAUGUACAGCACCAUGGGGCUGGGUCUGCCGCCGUUCCAACCGCCCCAACAUACGAACUUCAAUAACGCUUCGGUCCUACUCCCUAACACUGGGAUGAACGUCACGACGACCGUUUUUCCGGCUGGAGCGCCUCCUGGUAAGUUCCCCGGCACGGAUUGGGUGAUUUUCGGGCUUCUCGCGAAUUUCCUGUCAGGUCGACUUGAGUAGACCGCUCAGAAAACACUAUAGGGGUCACUGAAAUUUUAGCCCCUGUAGGGACUUCUAAGCUUUGCCUAGAGGGAGCACCAAAGCGUUAGGGUUUCAAUAAACCCCUCAGAAAACACUAUAGGGGUCACUGAAAUUUUAGCCCCUCUAGAAAUCCCUAAGCUCUGCCUAGACGAAGCACUAAAUCUUUAGGGCUUCAGUAGACCCCUCGGAAACCACUAUAGGGAUCACUAAAAUUUGGAUCCGUCUAGGGACCCCUUAGCUCUGCCUAGAGGGAGCACCAAAGCGUUAGGGCUUCAAUAAACCCCUCAGAAUGUCCUAUAGUGAUCACUAAAGUGUUGACCCCUCUAGGGACCCCUAAGCUCUGCCUAGAGGGAGCACUAAAUCGUUAGGGCUUCAGGAGGCCGCUCAGAAAGCACUAUAGGGAAAUUUGGCCCCUACAGGGACCUUAAUAUCGCCCCUAUAGGGGUCCUUAAAGCAACAAAACCCUAUAGGGGCUCCUAAGCUCAGUUUUCGCGUGUCUGCGUCUCUCUGUUCCCUCACCGGCGAGGUCAGAGAAGCAUGAAAAGAGCGAGAGAGACGAGGAGGGCGCAGAGAAAAUAGAGUUUUCCGGAAUACUCUUAAAGUCAAACUUCAGCUAAAAAUCGAAAAAAUGGAGAGUUUAGGCGAGAAAAAAGCCGAGGAGAACUUCCUGAUGUCCAUCAAGGAAGCCUCGAAAGAAACCUUCGCCGCGGAGAAAUCGCGAAAUCGCUCCGGAACGAACACGAUGUCGCCGACGAUAUCGCCAAUCGUUGCCGCGCUGCCGAUCACGAAAGUCAUGCCGGCCGGAUCGUUCAACACGAUUUCGUUGGGAAGUGCGGGCAGUUCGACGGAGCAGGUACUGGAAAAAAGCUCAUAAAUAUCUGAAAAUUCAUCAAAAAUCGUCUAAAUUUAAUUUUGAAAACUAUUUUUCAUAUUUCUCAUUGGAGCGCAUUUUCUAGCUUGGAGAAUGAUUUAAAUCGUCUAAAUUUAAUUUUUGAAAAACUUUUUUUCAUAUUUUUUUCAUUGGAGCGCACUUUCCAGCUUGGAUAAUGAUCGAAAUCGUCUAAAUUUAAUUUGAAAGACUAUUUUUUUCAUAUUUCUCAUUGGAGCGCAUUUUUCUAGCUUGGAGAAUGAUUUAAAUCGUCUAAAUUUAAUUUUUGAAAACUUUUUCAUAUUUUUCAUUGGAGCGCACUUUCCAGCUUGGAUAAUGAUCGAAAUCGUCUAAAUUUAAUUUGAAAGACUAUUUUUUUCAUAUUUCUCAUUGGAGCGCAUUUUUCUAGCUUGGAGAAUGAUUGAAAUUGUCUAAAUUUAAUUUGGAUGACUAUUUUUCAUAUUUCUCAUUGGAGCGUACUUUCCAGCAUGGAUAAUGAUUGAAAAUCCUUUUUUUUUAAACCGAUUUUGGCCAAUUUUCUUAAGUGCCCACUAUAGAGGCAGGGUGAAUAAAUCUUUCAGACCUUUUUAAACUUUCCUAAAAUUCUUCGUUUCGCUCGAAUUUUCAGAAUUUUUCGUCAGAGAUUGAUGUAAUUUUUGAUUUUAGUAUCUCAUUUUCCCAGGAAAAGAUCUAAAAUUGGUUCAUUUUUGUUGGUUUUGAUGAGCAUUUUUGAAUUUUUGGGCCUCUUAGGACGUUUCAAGGAUUAAGACUUUGAUAUACUAAAAAAAGAUCCUGAAAGAAAUUUUUAAAUGGAGUUUCGGCCUCUUUUUUUGAAAACGAGAAAGUUUUGAGGCCUCAAAUCUUGGUUCUCAAAAAUAAGGUCCGAAAUGAGUUUUUCAGUUUUUUUUUUGACAGAUUUUUAGAAAUUCUGUGAUUUUUCGGGACCUUUCUCGUGGUGGAGCUUACCUUUUUUUUUCUGGGGCUAAAAAUUCGGAAAAGUGUACGAUUUUCAAGCCUAACUAUUUUCCAGCCCUCAUCAAGUCGAUCCUCCAUCGACUUCAAGCAAACUCCCGACACCCGGGUCCCAGCUCUCGGCGUGACCAUCCCGAAAACGACGACUUCUUCCGCCACGCCGUCGCCUCUGACGCCAAGAACCGCCGCCGGGCAGUUGGUCAUCAAUACGAGGGUCCCGCCGCCCGUCCUGCCCUCCCCGGUUGUGUCACAAGUUUGUCCCGAUCCCGGAACUGUAUAUGAUCAUUUUCAAUUAAAGCAGCCGAUUUCCUCGUUCUCGCCUGCCCCGACAGUCGUUCCGCAAUACAAUGCGUCCCAGCCGCCCCCCAAUUUCCCGCAGAUCAAUGUUCCGCCGGUUGGUUUUGUGAUGAAAUACGAAAAAUGGCAAAAAUCGACCAAAUAGUCUUAUUAGAACUUAUUUUCGUGAUCUACAGUAGGAAGCAAACUGAAGUAGAAAAAAAAAAUCAAACUUUCACUGCAUUACGUCCCCAUACACUUUUGAGGCUUCCCGGAUGUUUUUAAAUCUAAAGUGACCACUUAAGAGGCGCUAAAACCACUUGAGUGAUCACUGAACCAGUCAUUUUGACAGUAGGACAGUAUGACGCACAAAAAAAUAGAUUAAAGUAGAAAAAAGAUCAAAUUUUCCCUACAAUACGUGACCAUACACCUUUGAGGCUUGCCGGACUUUUUUAGCUCUGAAGUGACCACUUAAGAGGCGCUCAUACCACUUGAAUGAUCACUUGAUCAGUCAGUUUGACACUAUCAAGAAAAAAAGAUAUAAAUUAGCAAAAUCCAUCUUUUCUUUCGAGUUUCUCUCUAUACACUUUUGAAGCUUGCCGGUCUUUUUUCUGGCUCUUACGGGAGCACUUGAGAGGCGCUGAGACCCCUUGAGUGAUCACUAAACCAGUCACUUAGACCUACCUAACUAGAAAAAAAGAUAAAAAUUAGAAAAAAUUCAUAUUGCCCCUCAAUUUUUUCUCCAUUCACUCUGGAAGCUUGCCUGACUUUUUUCUGGCUCUUAAGGGAGCACUUAAAACCCCUUAAGUGAUCACUCAGUCAGUUCUAACAACAAAAAAAAAGAUGAAAAGUAGCAAAAAGGUCAAAUUUUCACUCGAUUUCUUUCCCAUGCUUGCCAGAUGGUCCUGGCUCUCUAAAGUGAUCACUUAAGAGGCCCUCAUACCACUUGAGUGCUCAUUUAACAAGUAGUUUGACAGUAGGAUGCACUUAACAAUUGGAUAAAAAAAGAAAAAAGUUCAUAUUCCCAUCAAUUUUCUCUCCAUACGCUAUGGAAGCUUGCCGGUCUUUUUUCUGGCUCUUAAGGGAGCACUUGAGAGACGCUGAGACCCCUUGAGUGAUCACUAAAUCAGUCAGUUUGACAGUAUCUAACAAAAAAAAAGAUAAACAGUAGCAAAAAAUCCAUAUUUCCCUUAAGUAUACACUGUGGAAGCUUGCCGGUCUUUUUUUUAGCUCUUAAGGGAGCACUUAAGAAGCGAUAACGCCCCUUGAGUGAUCAGCUGAUCAGUCAUUUUGACAGUAUGGCAGUAUGAUGCGCGAAAAAAUUUUAAUGGUCUAUGACCUUACGAAGACUUAAAAAGGCUUGCCUUCAAUUUCAAAAAAUCAAAAUAAAAGCUUUCAGCCGGGUUAUCCACCGCAAGUGCGCCCCAACGCCUACGGCGUCCCCAUCCAGACGAUCCACUCGCCGGGCACGCCCGUCAUGCAAAUGCAACAGCAGCCCAACUUCGUGGUUCAUCAACAACACUUCCAACAGCCGACCAAUGUUCCGCUGUCGCCAUUGGUCAUCGGCCAGCCGAGGACCGCCUACCCCGGGAUGCCCUAUGUGCAGCCCCAGCAGCCGUCGCCCAUGACGCCCGUGCCGGUAGCUUUUUGAGAGAUGUAUUAGAACUCGGACCUCGGUAGGGAAAAGCGGACGUGCUCCGGACGUUUCUGAGCCGUUCUAAGAAUCACUUAAGAGUUUUGACGCUACAGAGAAGCCUUGGGAAAAUUUUUAGUGUCCACUCUAGGGCUUUGAACUUUCAGUGGCCACUUAAGUGUCUAAAAAUUAGUAGCCUCUUCAGAAGUCUAAUGGUUGCUAAUAGACCACGGAAACUACUAUAGUGACCACUUGAACGUAAAAUAUUGGCUUCUAUAAAAGUGGUUUUAGUGGCCACUCUAGUGUCCUCUUCAAGUAUUCCUUGAGGAAUCCCUCCAGUGGCCGCUAGUGAUUUUCCCAGUUGAUCAGUCUUUCGAAGUGACCCUUUUAGGGUUUUGACGUUUUACCACUUUAGUUGUCGAAAUAGUGACCACUUAAAUGGCUGAAAAUUAGUGGCCUUAUCAGAAGUCUAACUAGUAAGAGACACUACUAGACCCCGAAAACUGCUAUAGUGACCACUUGAACGUAAAAUAUUGGCUUCUAUAGAGGUGGUUUUAGUGGCCACUUUAGGGCCCUUUCCAAGUAGUCCUUGAAGGACCACUCAAGUGGUCACUACAGGUUUUCCCGGUAACUUUUUUUUCUGAAGUGUAGAUGACGUCUUAUAGAUGAUUCACGGCUGGGUUGAGCCAUAGGAAAAAGGGUCCUGACACGACAAAAAAAGAGAAACAGGCCACGCCCCUUAGCGCCUCAAGCGAGUCGUGAAUCGACUAUGAAAAGAAGAAAAAAUUCAACCAAAACCAGCCGUUUUGAACCAGAAUAAGAAUUGCUCAUAAUUGCUCAUAAUUGCUUCCAGAACAUGAACGUCAUGCGACCCGGUCAGUGGGACUCGACGACGCCGCCGCCGCCCGGAGUAGCCAUGCCGACGGCCCCGUACAUGAUCCAGCAGCAGCCUCAGCAAAUGCCGCCACAAAUGCCCCAGCAGAUGCCUCCGCCCAAUCAAAACCCUUGGGGAUACAUGAAGUAAGGGUUUUAGGAAGGGAACUGAGUUCGAAAAAAUAAUAUAUAGUUACUUUAUUUGAUGGUUUUGUAAAUUUUGAAGACUUGGAGAGUUCCUUGAGGUUAUAUUAAGUAAUAGAGUUAUUUUUUUAAAAUAUUUACACAAUUCGACAUCAAUCGUUGAGAUAUUUUUCAAAAGAAUGCUUGGGCAUAUAAGAAGCAAGGGAUGGAGUAUUAAACCAAGAUUGGAUAAUAAAAAAAGACGAUUACUAAUCUUUCAGCAGAUUCCGUAAGGUUUUACAUCAAUAAAUUUUCGUGAAGAUUUUUCUUGAAAAACUUCUUGAUUGUCAAAAAUGUGUUGUAGCUGAAUGAACUAAUAACCAAAAAUGAAAGUUUUUCAUUAAAAAAAUAAAAAAACCUAAGUUUACUGUUCAUUUUUCCCCAAAAUUUGAAUAUGGGUUUUUAUAUUCAGCCAAAAUUUUCUUCUAAACGUGUAAUUUGCAAAUUUAGGCUCGAUUCCGCAAAAAUCUCACUUUUUGAUAUUUUUCCUUUUUGGAAACUCUGAAAUUUAAAGGCGCAGCGAUAAGUUUAAAAAUCGUCCUGACGCGAAAAUACCCAAAUAAAAUUGCGGAUUCUUUCUGAGUCUUCAAUAGACUCACCCAGUUAGUUAGAAAGAAUUGAAUAAAUUAUUCAGCCAAAAUUCUCUUCUAAACGCGUAAUUUGCAAAUUUAGACUUUCCGCAAAAAAAUCUCACUUUUUGAUUUUUGGAAAACUCUGAAAUUUAAAGGCGCAGCGAUAAGUUUUAAAAAAUCGUCCUGACGCGAAAGUAAUCGAAUAAAAAUUGAAUUAAAAAAAUUUUUAAAUUAAAAUAAUAAACUCAAUUUUUUUAAAAGCUGAUCAACUUUUAUUCACUUCUAUUUUUCCAGCCACCCGCCUCCUCGAUUUUGA